AUGAAGGCCGAGGAUGUCAAAGCAAGAAAGUUCAAGAGAGGUUUGAGGCACAGUAUUAGCACUCCUGUGGUGCUACACAAGUAUUCUACUUAUGCAGAGGUAACUCAAGCCACCAAGGUCAUCGAAGACCAGCAGAGGGAGAACUACAGGGCCAUACAAGCUGGAAAAAGGCCCAUGAGUUCUUCCGGUUACAAGGGCCCUUGCAAGUUUCAGAGGGAUCCUACUCUACCACCUCUCCAACUCAGUACCGCAAACCUGAUGCAGCCCAGGCACCCAAGACAGCUGCAGUCCCUCUGUGGCACCCAGACUCUUACGUGCUAUAACUGCAAUGAGGCCAGGCAUAUGAUUAGAGACUGCCCCUGUGCCCGUCAAGGAAACUCUUGGCCAACUGUGUCUUCUAAGGCACCUCAAGCGAAGACAGUUGUUUGCCCUCCCCUUCCUUCCCCAGCCAAUAGGACUCAAGGUCGUGUGUACUCGGUCACCAAUGAGGAAGCCCAUGUAGAUCCAGGUAUGAUUUCUGUUUGUUCCCAACUAGCGUAUGUGUUGUUUGAUUUGGGGGUGACGCAUUCAUUUAUUUCCCCCUCAUUUGCUAAGAAGAUGCCGAUCAAACCAAAGCAAAUGGCUCAGAAUCUAAUGGUUAGUACACUAAUGGGUAGCAAGGUUGAACUCAACAUGAUUUAUGCUCCUUGCCCUGUACGUGUAUGUGACCGCGAGUUAACAACAAGUUUGAUAGUGCUAGAUAUAAAGGAUUUCAGCGUGAUCUUGGGCAUGGAUUGGCUAUCCGCUCAAGGUGCCAAUCUAAUCUAUGUAGAGUGA